CAUGCGCAAACCGCGCGUCGCCGCCGCCGCUAACAAAGGGACUCGCGUAAGGAGUUGGAGCUGCUCGCUUGGGCUCAUAAGCUCGGCGGUCACCCCAGCAGAGCGGCGUUACUACAGCCUGGACAUACACCCCGAGCCUUGCGCCACAGGGCUAAGACAUGGACGAGGAGCAGGAGGUUCUGUGUAAACUCGAGAGCAUCAAGGAGAUCAGGGGGAAGCUGGUACAGAUGGAGAGUGUGAAGGCGCGCCUGCGAGGCGAGUUCUCGGCACUGGAGGGAGAGGAACGGCGCCUGCGCGACUUUCGGCAGGAGCUGGAGCUGCUCCUCCAGGAGAAGAUGGCACACGUGGAGGAACUCCGUUUAAUUCACGCUGACAUCAACCUGAUGGAGAGCACCAUCAAGCAGUCGGAAAGCGAGCUGUCGCGGCUACUGGACUCAACCCGGCGUCUCCACGAGGAAUAUAGGCCGCUCCGCGAGAGCAUGGAUGCUUUGAGAGCGGCGAUUGGGGCCGAGCGACUCCCGGACCUCCCGGACCAGGAUGACAAGCUGUCACUAGAGUACUUUGAGAAGCAGAAGGCUGACUGGCACACAGACCCUCCAGAGCCCCCCAUCCCCGAGUCCCUCGCAGCUGCUGCUGCUGCCGCCCAACAACUGCAGGCCUCGCGCAAACCCGACGCUCGUGGGGGGGCCUCCUUCCGACAGCAGCCACCCCCCAUGAAGGCCUGCCUCUCGUGCCACCAGCAAAUCCACCGCAACGCGCCCAUCUGCCCACUCUGCAAAGCUAAGAGCCGCUCCCGCAACCCCAAGAAACCAAAACGCAAGCCUGAUGAGUAGGCCUUGAUUAUAAGGGCCUGGGAGUGGAUCCCAGGUCUCAAUGCUCAGGCCAUAAUACUUUGUGUUUAACACAGGGCCCACACUAAAACCUCGAGUGUUAGACCAAGGCUUCUAAGUUCUAGGACUAGGCCAUGCCCCAUGGAUAAUAGUACUAGGACAAGGCUUAUUAAACAUUUCUCAUACCAUACCAAGUUUCAUUGUAGAGAAUGCAGAUUCGAGUACCAUGCUGCACACUGCAGUGUCAGAAAAAAUAAUCUAAUACUAGAUCAGUGUCUCCAAAACUAGUUUGUCACCUACUACUGGGCCAUGCUUGUAAUACUAGGCCUUGCCCAAAGUACUAGAGCAAGGCCUCUUAACACUUGUUUCAAACAGUGAGGGCUUGACCAAGGAGCCUUGACUAAGGCCCCAGAUGAAGAGGCUUCACCAGUGGAGUUUUUAGUUAUGGUUUCCAAAAUUACAAUUCAUUUUCACUGAAAUAAAAUCAGUGUUAUUAGCAAUGCGUUAAAUUAUAAUUAGCACAAUAGGAAAUAUUAACAAGAUCCAUUCGCUUAAAUUGGAAAGGUUUAUGACGUCGGAAAAGAAGCUGAAGUCAAUGUUUGUAUAUAAAAACUGUUUAAAACUGAAACAGUUCGUGGUGUUGAAUGUGAAGUUAUUUGUUGUCAAGUGAAAUGGAUCUGUUUCAUAGUUUAGAUACUGUACAAUUUCAGAAAGUUCCAAGCCAGAUUACAUAGGGGUUGCAUGACCCAGCAGGCAGCAGCCAAUCAAAUCGGCAAAUGUGAAAUGUCUGGUUGCAUUCCACACAUAAUUGAAAAAGAACAUAAUAGAUAAAAAAAAUAUAUAUGGAUUUGGUGUGAAUGUUUUUAAAGAUAAAGACCUGUAAUCAUCAGAAUGGGUUUGUUCAAAAUGUGGCUAUUCAACAGCCUCGAAUCCCGUCUCCAUAUCUUACUAACUAGGUCGAAUGUGAUUAAUAUUGAGUUAAGUAGUUAAAGUGAAAAGUAAAUAAUAUUUCAGUCAUUUAAUAUUUCUCCCAUGAUAACCAUGUUUUGUAAUAAGCAUUGUAUAAUGCUUAUCCAUCACCAUUAUAUCCAUACCAUGUUAUUCAUACAUGCUAGGAUACAAAUAUACAUGUAUUCGCCAUUUACCAUUCAUUCCAAAGGAUUGGCAGGAAAUUUGGAUGAAGACUUCAGAAAAACUCAACUGUGACUACUUCAGAGUUGCGAUGAACCCUGUACUGACUUGAGUUCAUUGUGCUGUGUAAAACCGGGCUCUUCGUCAUGAUCCUUGAUGAGGUCCACAUUAGAAUGGUCCAAUGCAGCGUGGUGCAUAUGAUGCAAAUCAACAGUAUAGAGGCAUACACGGCCUGUGGAUCGUUUGAAGGUUCUUAUUUGUGACAUCCCUCAUGUAAGACCCAAUGUCCCCUUCAUCAUCAGGACAGAGUUUGUUAUACAAUUGCAGAUGCUAUUUUCUCCAGACGCUCUAACUUCCUAAAAAACACAAUAAUAAAAUACGUUAUAUUGAUCAAACUUCCCAAAGCAAAGGUCCUCCUAAACAUAAUUCUUGAGACUCGGGCAUUCCUAGAUUAACUUAUACUAUUUUGCCACUCUGUCCCAUUCCUAAAUAGUGAUAAUUAUUGAUCGUAAUAAAUGUGGCAUAUCUGCUUGUAUACUAUGAAAUUCCCAAGCUGAUUGUGGAAGCACGGUGUCGUAUAGAUUAGGCUUGGUGCUGUGUCGUCCGUUAGUCCUUCUGGACGAUUGCUCUUCAUAGUGAGUUCUCCGAGUUUGUGAACAAUAGGUUGCCUAAGGCCAACCCCUGGCAGAGCACGUUGGGGCCCCUGGGUGGGUGUGGUGAAGUCUGUUUCCGUGAGCUGUGAUGUAUGCUUUGUGAUAAGUUUAUUAUUGGAGCAGUGUAUUACAACACUAACAGAAACGCACAAACACCUUAUGCACACAUGCAUAUACGCCUGAAAUUAAACUUGUACUCUUAAACACGUGAUUACACCCUCGAAUACUUGCACUCUGUAAUAUACUGACAUGCAAACAUGCCCACAAACACCGUACAUUAAUAUACACAAAUGAGCAAACUGAACGCACUAAUAUUUACGCAAAAGAACAGUUUUGCAUUGUGACACGAGUAAAUGCAAAGAGUGUUCCCCUGAACAAAUUUUGCAAAUACGAACAUUAAAAGUUGUUGAAAGUCUUAA